CCACGGCUCUUGCGCACGCGCAGCUCGAGAUGCGACUCUGGGCUGUACUAUACGCUGAGCUUUGACAGAGACUCCCUGAGGGGCGCUGGGGCGGACCCUUGGUGUCGCGCGCAUGCCUGGCAGGACCGGGCGGCUCUUCUCCGGAGGCUGCGGCUCGGACGCUUCAGCUGGGCCUAAGAUGGACAUCCCGGCCGUUCUGGCCGCCCCGGUCGCGCACGGAGAUCAACAUGGCGGUGGCACAAGCCGACUCCGCCGCGGCGCGGGGCCGUCCCUCGGUGCGGGCCCCGGGCGCCGCCGCCUGCUGCUGCUGAGGGGCCCGGAAGAUGGCGGGCCCGGGCCGCGUCAGGAGGAGGCCCCGGGGCCGAGCCCGCCGCCCUCCGAGGACGGCAGCGACUCCUUCGUGGUACUGCUGGAAGUGCCACGCGCGGCCGCCGCCCACGGGCAGGAGGAGGCCGAACCCGGCCCGUGCGCGAGUCCCCCGGAGCAGGUCCCAGCCGCCGCCCCCGGCGCGGCUCUGGCGGGCACGGUCACCAUCCACAACCAGGACCUCCUGGUGCGCUUCGACCGCGGCGUCUUCACGCUGGCCGCCGCGCCCGCGCCAGCCGCCCCGAGCUUGCAUCCCGCGACCACCGCGGGCCCUGAGCCCUCGAGCGCUUCUGUGUCCCGCCGCGGGCCGGUGGCCACCAGCGCUGGCUCCCCGGUCUACCGCUGUCCCGAGCCUCAGUGCGCGCUGAGCUUCGCCAAGAAGCACCAGUUGAAGGUGCACCUGCUGACGCACGGCAGCCUCCAGGGCAGGCGGCCCUUCAAGUGCCCGCUGGAUGGCUGCGGCUGGGCCUUCACCACCUCCUACAAGCUCAAACGACACCUGCAGUCGCACGACAAGCUGCGACCCUUUAGCUGCCCGGUGGGCGGCUGCGGCAAGAAGUUCACCACGGUGUACAACCUCAAGGCGCACAUGAAGGGGCACGAGCAGGAGAGUCUGUUCAAGUGCGAGGUGUGCGCCGAGCGCUUCCCUACACACGCCAAGCUCAACUCCCACCAGCGCAGCCACUUCGAGCCCGAGCGCCCCUACAAGUGUGAUUUCCCAGGCUGUGAGAAGACAUUCAUCACAGUGAGUGCCCUGUUUUCCCAUAACCGAGCCCACUUCAGAGAACAAGAACUCUUUUCCUGCUCCUUCCCUGGAUGCAAUAAACAAUAUGACAAAGCCUGUCGGCUGAAAAUUCACCUGCGAAGUCAUACAGGUGAAAGACCGUUUAUUUGUGACUCAGACAGUUGUGGCUGGACCUUCACUAGUAUGUCCAAGCUUCUAAGGCACAAAAGGAAACAUGACGAUGACCGGAGGUUCACUUGCCCUGUGGAAGGCUGUGGAAAGUCAUUCACUAGAGCAGAGCAUUUGAAGGGCCACAGUAUCACUCACCUGGGGACGAAGCCAUUCGAGUGCCCUGUGGAAGGAUGCUGUGCCAGGUUCUCAGCUCGAAGCAGUCUGUACAUUCAUUCUAAGAAACACCUGCAAGACAUGGGUGCUCCAAAAAGCCGCUGCCCAGUAUCCAGCUGUAACCGACUCUUCACCUCUAAGCACAGUAUGAAGGCACACAUGGUGCGGCAGCACAGCCGACGCCAAGAUCUUGUACCUCAGCUGGAAGCUCCAAGUUCUCUCACACCCAGCAGUGAACUGAAUAGCCCGGGCCAAAGCGAGCUCACCAACAUAGAUCUAGCAGCACUUUUUUCUGACACACCUGCUAACAGUGGCAAUUCGGCAGCUGGGUCGGAUGAAGCUUUGAACUCUGGGAUCCUUACUAUUGAUGUCACUUCUGUGAGCUCCUCUCUGGGAGGGACUCUCCCAUCUAAUAAUAACUCCUUAGGGCCCAUGGACCCCCUGGUUCUGGUGGCCCCCAGUGAUAUGCCUCCAAGUUUGGACAGUCCUGUUGUUCUUGGGACAUCAGCCACAGUUCUCCAGCCAGGCAGCUUCAGUACAGAUGAUUCUCAGGCCAUGAGCACAGGAACAGUAGGCUGUUUGGUAGCUCUGCCUGUGAGGAACUUGGGUCAAGACCCACCAGCUUUGACUCCCAGCAAUAACUUGACAGCCCUUGACACCGCACCAACCUCUUCAGGCACUGCCCAAGAGACUGCCAGAGUCCCAGAUCUGCUGGUUCCAAUAAAGGUGGAACAAGACUUGCCUCCUGUCCCAGAUGUGGUCCAGGGGCAGGAAGAAAGUCACAGGCCAUCUCAGUCUAUGCUGUCCAGCUCUGCAGAGAAUCCAGGGGCUCACAAGGACUCAGAGCUCAGUGCUGGCACCGGCAGCCUCUACUUGGAAAGUGGGGGCUCAGCAAGAACUGAUUACCGAGCCAUUCAACUAGUCAAGAAAAAAAAGCAGAAAGGAACUGGGAGCGAUGAAGGAGCCUCUGAGUCUGCUCAUGGGAAAAUGAAGUGUGGCAUGGUCAGCCCUCCUCGUGUCCAGUCAGGCCAGCACAGUUGCUUUUGUGGAAACCUCAUGGUACCCAGUGGAGGUCUGCCAGCACCAGCCCCUGCAGCUGGGCUGCAGUGUGUCCAGAUCCCCGUUCUGCAGGAUGACUCCUCAAGUGAAGGAGGCUUGCCACUGGCCCUCAGCCCACAGCGCUCUGCCUUCCACCCCUACUUCACCGUGGAUCUGCCUGUCUACGUCCUGCAGGAGGUGCUUCCAGCAUCUGGAGGUUCUGCUGGGCUGGAGGCUGCGCAGGCCCCAGGAAGCACUAUCAACCUGCAGGACCUUCAGUGACAGCAGCUGAGCAAACAAGGAACAUGUUCCAGGCUGCAUUUCAAGACCUCAGAUGACUGUGGUGUGGCCAAGGAGACCUCACUUGACUUCUCAGCAGUCAAGCCUGAUUCUUUGAGACUUUGGGGUACAUGUAUUCAAAGUGUUUUCAUUCUGUUCCAGCAAGAGCCAAUUUGGGCUGUGCUCUUUGAAACUGCUUCCAUGGGUUGCCCUCUGUGAGAUAGGCACCAUGUCCAUGCCAUGUGUGUGCAUUCCAGUCCUUUGCAGGUCCCCUUGGAUCUGAGCUGGGUAGCACUUGUUACAUAAAAGAUUCCUGCAGGAAAUGGGUCGAGCAUGGCUCCCUGCUCAGAUCGUCUCUGACGGGGCCUUCAAUUGUAGUGUGUGAGCAUUCUGCCUGAGACAUCUAGAAGUUUGGUUCUUUUCUGAGAGUUUGUGUGACAGACUGCUUCUCACCUCCUGGGAUGGUGUUAGUGGAUGUGUUGGUUUCAUUACACUGUAUGCCAUGGUGAAGCCAAAUUCAAGCUGAGUUUUAGCAGGUUACACAGGCAGCUAGUCUGAAAGGUGAUUGGAGUGGCCUGGCGCCCACCAGUGGCCUGCUAGAAGGCCCUCUUCCUAGACUGACUAUGUGGCUCAUAGUUUGGCAAUGAAGAGUUGAGGCUUUUAAAGUCAUUUUUCUAAAUUCUGUAUUUGGGAUUCUUGAUAAAUAGUAACUUGUCUUCAGUCUCUACAGUGAGGUUCUGGAUGCUGUAUGUUAUGCGUAGGACUGGAAUGAUAGGCAUGUUUUAUGGUUGAGGUUAAAGAAAAUCAUAUUAUGUGGCCUUGGCCUUGUGUGUUUUCACAGUGUGAUUCUGUCUUCCCAGAGGAGAUGGUUGCCUUGCACAUAUUUAUUUGUUAGUUAAGACUGGAUACAGGGUCACUCAGAAAUGCAUUUUUCCUGGGCCUUUUGGAGUGAGUACUUAUUCAGAUAGUGUUUUGGUUCUGCCCCAUCUGAGUUUCUUUGUUUCUUGGGUUCGGCCUGGGCCCUGAGUUUGGGUAUGAGUCUUCUCUGGAUGGCUCUGUGGUGCCACCUGCCUAGGUGCUGCUCCCUACAAGGGGAUUACAAAUCCUACUUGAGAAGUUCCUUUCCACGGGUCUCUCCUGCAUCACAGGCCAAAAUUUCGGGGCUGAACUUACCCACUUGUCAUCAGGGUUGUCCCCACUCCCUGAGCAGCCUGGUACCACUGUUACCAGCCUCAAGAGCCCACUCCACAGAGAAGUUUCCUUCUCCCACGGCCUCCAGUGUGUCUGCCAAGUGAUAGGGUGGGCUGUUGUGUUCUGAGCACUGGAGCUUGCUGCCAUGGGCCUGACUCAGUACAAAUGAAUAAAAGUGUUUGUAUGUCAUGUA